AUGGUGCUUCUGGCGCUAAAUGACGGGCUCUCAAUGGCCCUGGCCUUGUCCUUGCCAUUGCUGACAUUAGCUAUCCGCCGAGGAGGUUUCUCCGUCGUUGACAUCGCGAUUCUGCGACAAGGUCUUCUCUUUCUCCACGUUAUAAUGAUGUAUAUCCCCGCAUUUCCUAUGCUAGUGACGAUGCGCAAUACCAACGUCUACCAGGAACGCUCGCUCGUCGUGCUGGUGGUGCUUUCAAUCACAAUUGCCGAGUAUGACCACUAUCAAGAAAGCUCGGUCGCAUUCGGUACAUUCAAUAUUAUCUUCGAGGUUUUUUCUGCUUAUGGCCGCGUGGGUGUGAGCAUGGAAAUCCCAGGGACGAACUACUCGUUCUGUGGAUCGUGGCCUACGAUCAGCAAGUCAAUAUUAGCUGCUGCUAUUCUGUACGGAUGGCAUCGAGAAUCACCUGUUGCUAUUGAUAAGGCAAUAAUGUUGCCCAGUGAGUCAUUAGCGUGGGCCGAGGAAGAGAACGCUGCGUUACAGAGGGAGAUAUCCAGGGCACCACGUAUGGCAAGUAUGGCGAAUAUGCCGAACGAGGGAUCGGCGUGGGUCGAUAAUGAUUAA